AUUGUGUACCAUGUAAACAUUGUGUACCAUACUCCCGCAGUAUCCUAAAUACCUAUCAAUAUCAAUAUGCUGUAUUUUACAGGAUGUUGACUCCGUGCUGAAUAUCAUUCUGACUUUGGCCUACUAUUUCUACAAUCUGAUGCCUCUGUCCCGAGGAUCAAGUGCUGUUGCCUAUUCUGUGGCUUUGGGAGUGAUCAUGUCUAUUGGAAGGCAAGUCACAGGCAAAAUGCCUAAUGGCAAGUUACUGGAGAUGGAAGCCAUGCUGUCUGGGGCACCAGAUGUUUUUAUACUCAUGUCUAAACAAUGGAUGAAUAUUAAACGGUUGAAUAUUCCAACGUCCUUGUUGCCAAAGGUAUACGAGGCCUUCCCCACCACAAGGAAUGUGAUCGAGGUUUUAAAUGUUAACACAGAUUUCUGCCAGUAGUCGUAUAUAUACCAACCAAAAUAACACUACCAUUCCUUAACUGAAUUGCAGCACCUUUUGUUAAUACUGAAAACUGUUAUUUGUUGAUUUUGCAGUGAAUGAUUAAUUUGUUAAUUGAUGUGCAUUAAUUGGUUUUUUUUUUUUUUUAUUAUUAUUGUGUGUUUCUUUAAUUUGUCCAUGAUUUAUAUAUGAAAUGUUUACUUAGUAUUGGAAAUAGCAGUGGGGUGAAGAGUUUCUAAGAAAGAAAUUUGAAUAGUCCUGUAUAUAAUGGUAGUCACCAAACAACAGAAACCUGUAUUAUUUUACACCAUAAAACUUCUUAAUUUCCUCUUAAAAAAUAAAGAUAUAACAUAUAUAUGUAUGAAUAAUCAAAACUAUGUAUAAAUAUUUUUUCAUACAGAAAGUAUGUAGACUUGUUGACACUUGCCCCUGGAAUCUGAGAUUGAUUGUAUGUUAAAUUGUUUACAUAUGUGUAGAUCAAUACAAAAACAAAAGGGGACUAAAGGAAAACACAAUAAAAAACACCCCUUAUAUUAUAUGAUCUCUUUAUUUGUUUGUUAAAAUAUGAAGGUUCAAAUGCUAGUAAAUAUCAUCUUUAAAGUUUGUAACUACUAAUGCAAAAACAGAAUUCAUUUUUGUUGGCAUUAUAAUCUAAUAUUAUCUCACCAUUAUAUAGAAAUGAGCCAGUUUACACAGUGGUUUAUGGCCAAGGUAGUGUACUAGGUGAUGAUUUCAGGGUCGAAAGUAUGCUGUUAACUGUGGAGCACCAAUUAACUCUGGACUUUUUAAUUCGUUUUAUUUUGUAAUAUUUGAUAUAAAUUAUUUGAUAUUUCAAAGUAACCUCUCUUAAGUGUGUAAGAAAUAGAGCAAAACAGAGUCUGUAUCAUAACUAUUAAUUUUACUGAUAUUUUAAUGAACCAAGGGACUUCAAUUUAGGAAAAUUAAUGAUCAACAUUUCCCAAUAAUUUCAUACUUAAUUCAGUAAUUAUUUCUGUAUAUUUGCAAGGAUCAGCAAUGAUGCUGGCAAGAAAAGCAGUUUUAAUUAAAAUAUUUUUAAAGCAUUGGAAUUGAAAUUUACUAUUACCAAAUAUGUACUAGUUAUAUGGGAGAUUAAAUCGAAAUUAAAGUAGUAGAUUGCCAAGAUAAAACGUUUUAUAGGGUGUUGUAGUCAACAUUGAUCUAAAUUUACCCGGAGAUAUCAAUGCAGAAAGAAAAUGUGCAAGAUCCCCAGAUAAAUUGAAUGAAGGAGUGUCCGAGACAUUAACGGUUUGUGCUAAGAGAAAUGUCUGUGGGAGAGUUUGGUGAAUUCCCCAGACAGGUUUGUUCCAUACUGAUAGCACCAGAUGACAUUGACACUUAAUUAAAUAAAAAAAAAAAAAAAAAUUUAAUAGAUUUAAAAGCAUUAAAGGGGCAUUCCUUUGUUCGCACAUCAGAAACAUAGAAAAUUUCUAUUGAUGAAAUCUGUGUCCAAACAAUUAUAUUAUGAGUGUUUGUGCCUACAUGUAAUGAAAUGUACAGGAAACAGGCUUAUCAUAUACAAAUACUGUAUGUCUUUGUGGUAAUUUGUGAUACUCUGGGUCAAAUUAAGAAUUUUCAGAACUUAAUACUCAAAGAACUUCAGUUUAUUUUGAGAGUAAAACUGCCUUAUUAAUGUAAAGAUUACAACUUUUGCUCCUUGGAAAAAAUACAUAUUUUCCAGUAAGUUUGAUUUUGAUGACCUAAACUUUAUUAAAACGAAGGAAUGCCCAGUUAAUUGUCUUAGGAUUAGAAGAUACCUGGAAUUCAGUUUAAAUUUUAGUGUUAUUAGCUCACCUGGUCCAAACAAUCAAGGUGAACUUAUGCCAUACUGUUGCAUCUGUCGUCUUCUUAACCACAGAUUUGAAAGUAACUGAAUUUGACUAUCAUUAUGUGUUGGGGAUUAAAAACUUCAAAGGACAGGGCUGAUCCCCAGGGGGCUGAGGGUUGGGGCCAAAAAAUGACUUCUCUUUAGAGCAAUGCCCUGUAUAUCACUCAUAUUUACUGGGAGCAUCUCUGGGUGAUGGGAAUUCAACAUUGUACAAAUGGUAGGGCUAACCCCUAACAGCCUGUGGGGCAGGGCCAAAUAUAACAGCCUUUAAAACCCUUUUUCAGGCUUAACGGCUUAAGGAUUUUGUCAAAAUUUUAUCUGAAGCAUAUUUUUGGGGAAGAGAAUGCAUUUCGGAUUAAAGGUGUUUCCGGCACCUUUGGAGAAUGAAGAUGGCCCAAGAGCAGCCAAUUCUUAUCAAAAAUCAUUCUUUUGAUGUGGUAAUGACAGGAUUUUGUCUAAAUUUGGUCUGAAUCAUCCUUGGGUGAAGGAGAUUUAAUUUCCCUAAUGAACCACGGAUCUGGUUUCCCAUGGGUUGGAGAGACUGGGCCUUAAAGAGAUAUUAGAGGUAAACCAUUUAAAGUACAUUGUACCUAUUUUGAAUGGCCUAUUGUACUUAUUUUGAAUGGCCUGAUGGAAUUUUUAUCAAACUGGUCUGGAGGAUUUUUGCAUGUAGAAGAUUCAAUGUUGUAUAAAAGGAGGGACAGGCACCCAAGGAUUUGGAGGCCCUAUAGUGGAAAAGAGGAAUUUCUUUGAAAGGGAUAAAGGGAUUUUUAAACAAAUUUGGUCUAAAGCAUACUUUAUGUAAUAUCAAUAGAGAAUACUUUAACUUAAAAGUCUAUUCCCUACAGAGGCAGAGGAGCCAAGCCCAAUAAAGGAUGUCAAAAUUGGUUAUUAGUAAUGACUGCCUUUCAACAUAAUUUGCUUUAAAUCUUGAUUGGAAAAUGCAGAAAGCCAAAUGUUAGCUAAAUAGAAAUGUGUUAACUUUAAUGAAUGGUAAUGAGUUGGGACAGACUCAAAACUGGGAAUAGUAUUUGAAACAUAACUUAAAUGAGUGAUUUGCGGUAAUCACUGAAAUAUCCAAUGAACGAUAUCCAGUGAACGAUACAGGCCCUAUGGACAUUUUGAUUUGAAUAUCAGCAUUACAGUAUUUGUUUUUGUUUACAUAAUGAGCUGUGAAUUUGUAUUUAAACCUAGAAACCAGGGACUUCAUGUUACACUUUGAGCUCAGUUAUAUUAUGAUUUCGUGUAUUUUGUGUUUAAGAAUUAUUUUGCUUGAUGACCUCUAGAUUGGAUAUUGACCUUGAAGUGCCAAUACUUAACCUAUGCACGAUUUGUUCUUGUAGUGAUAGCAAGACAUUGUUUUAUACGAAAACAAAUUUUAUAUGAAUAGUCAAAUACUGAUUUCAACGAUUAAAAACUACCUCCGUAUAAUAAUGAC